UGUUACUUAUUUUGCAAUCAUUGUUGACGUGGAGGAAAUGACAAUGUUAUGAUUGUGUAUAUUAUAAGAAGACAACUGGAAUAUCCUUUAAUUCAUAAUAAUGGGGAACCUAAAUUACGCUUUUUGUCGCCGAAAGCCAGUACGGGUGUUAUUGCUUGGUUUAGACGCCGCGGGGAAAACAACCAUUCUUUAUCACUGUGUUUUGGGGAAAGUUGUUACUACAAUACCAACGAUUGGGUUUAACGUUGAAACUUGUAAGGUCAACGAUUCAGAAGUGACGGUUUGGGAUGUAAGUUCUCGAGGCAAAAUAAGACCCCUAUGGAGACACUACUACCCAAACACCCAGGGAAUUGUGUAUGUUGUUGACAGUACCGAUAGUGACAGAAUGACAGAGGCUAAAGAGGUACUUCAUGACAUUUUGGGUGAAGACGAACUGAAUGGUGUACCUGUCGCCAUAGCUCUCAAUAAAAGAGAUCUGAAAAACUGUAUGACGAAAGAGGAAAUGGAGAAGAUGUUAGAUGUGAGUGAAAUCCAAAAAAACAGACCUUGUCGAGUAUUUCUGACCACGGUUUACCCGACAGAGGAGAUUCAGACGGAACUUAUGAAUCUGUUCGAAUGGAUUAGUGAAGAGCCGACAGACGAAAGUAAAGAAUCUUCGACGAAACAUAAAAAUGACCCUUUCUCGUCCUACUUUUGGACACCUUUGAUGAAAAUGAAAGGCAUGAUGUUUGAAUGACAAGUUUUAAACAGUUAACAUUUUUACUCGUUGAGUAUGUAUAGUAUCAAACUCGGAACUAACUGUGAUAUGUUGAUUUAUUGUUAAUAUUUUAUUUUUUUUUAUAUUGGUAUAAAUUUUAUAUUCUUAAGAAUGUCGUUUGUGUUUUAACGUAUGUUCUGAGGAUUGGAAUUAUUUCAGUUCUCAAGUACGUACUUAAUAUGUAGUGUUAGACUAUUCGACCUUAUCAGUUUUUUUUUAUAUUCUACCUGACUUCUACACUAAAAAGAAGAUGAGUGAAUAAGGCUUGUAAAGUGCCCAUAUGAGGAAUGAUUAGAUACUGCAAAAUUAAAACAUCAUUAAAUCUGAUCUAUUUUUUUAAAUAUUAAAUAAAAAGUGUAUAUUUAACGUAACAUCGGUUUGUAGCCCUUAAGUAUUUUAAAUGCUUGUAAUAUGUUGAUUUAAACUGGCGUAUGCGUGUCAAAACCUCCAAAUAGUUUUU